AUGUUGGAGCACCCACGAACUGACGCAUCCCAUCUCUCCCUCUCUCUGCGAAUCAGGCAAAUCUUCGUCAAGACUCUUACGGGCAAGACGAUCACCCUCGAGGUCGAGUCGUCCGACACGAUCGACAACGUCAAGACCAAGAUCCAAGACAAGGAAGGCAUCCCCCCAGACCAGCAACGUCUCAUCUUCGCCGGCAAGCAGCUCGAGGAUGGCCGCACCUUGGCCGACUACAACAUCCAAAAGGAGUCGACCCUCCACUUGGUGCUCCGCCUCCGAGGUGGUAUCAUUGAGCCCUCGUUGAGGAUCCUCGCCCAGACCUACAACUGCGACAAGGUAAGGUGCAACCAGAUCUCCACAUUCUAGCUAGGUUCUGACAUGGUUGAUAUUCGCUGCCCGCACAGAUGAUCUGCCGCAAGUGCUACGCCCGUCUCCCUGCCCGUGCCACCAACUGCCGCAAGCGCGCAUGCGGUCACUCGUCCCAGUUGAGGCCCAAGAAGAAGCUGAAGUAA